AUGACCAAAGCACUAGCAUUUUUGCUACUCUUAUUACAACUAACCUCUUUCAGUGCAUUUGCUGAAGACACUUCUGAUACAUUUAAUGACAUUUUCGAUUUUGAUGCUGAUGACGACGCUCUCAAUGCAUUUUCUAAAGACUCCCUCCCGUCACCACCAAUCUCUUCCUCCUUCCCUCCACCAACAACCACAUGCUCCUUCUCCCCACCAUCACUCACCAUCACCUGCUCCUUCUCUUCCCCACCAAUCUCCCGCUGCCUCCCCUCACCACCAAUUUCCCGCUCCUUCUCCUCACCAUCACCUUCUCCCUCUCCUCGCCACCAAUCUUCCGCUCCGUCCCCUCACCACCAAUCUCCCGCUCCCUCCCCUCACCACCAAUCUACCAUUGUACCUGCAAAACCCCCAACCCAUCACCACCCUCCCGCUCACUCGCCAUCGCCAUUGCGUCCCACUCCUGUCCCUAGAAGUGUCAUGGUUGUUCGAGGUGUUGUUUAUGUCAAAUCUUGCAACUAUAGUGGUUUUGACACCCUCAAGAAAGCUACACCGCUUCUUGGUCCCGUUGUGAAGCUCCAAUGCAACAACACCAAGUACAAAUUGGAUGAGACUGAUAAAGACGGACACUUUUCUCUUGUAGGCCCAAAGAUCAUUACCAUUUAUACCGCUAAGCAGUGCGACGUUGUUUUGGUCAGUGCACCACAUGGCCUAAAACCCUCAAAUCUCCAUAAUGGUAUCACUGGUGUUAUUCUUAGGCCAAAGAGACGAUUUGUAUCUAAGGGUGUUCCCUUCAUUCUCUUCGGAACACAGCCACUUGCUUUUGAGCCCAGCUGCCCUCAUUAA